UAUUAAUUUUUCCUUGACUAAAACGCCAACGAAUUCAUUUUUUCCUCCAAAAAUUAAUUACAUUCCGAAUUUUCCUAUGUCAACCAAAAUGCAUUCAACUUUUGAAUCACAUUAAUUACUGAUUUGCUAUAUAUACAGCUGGGAGACUUUUAUUUCAUUUUAACAUUUGCUUCAUAAUUGAAUUUAAAUAGAUAAAACAAAAAAAAAGGUAAAACUAAAAAGUUACAAACAGUACAGUAAAGAAGAAGCAGUAUCAAAAAUCUCCCCCUUUCCAAGAAUCAGGGUUUUUUCGAUCGAAUUCGCGGCAAGUAGCCUCAUUUUCUUCCGACAACAGUGGUCUUCUUUCCAGAUAUGUCUCUCCGAGUUUCGAAGCAGUAAGCCCUUUUAUUUACUGUCACUCGAAUACUAAAGACCAGAUCUUUACUAGUCCUAGGAUGAUUGAGAGAUUGCAAGAGCUGUGCUAAGCUAAAGGACAAGAAACAAAAAUCUGAGUCAGCAUAAAACAGUCUCUUAGUUUAUGGAGUUAGAGGCGUUUGGUUAAGAUGGGUUCGCUCUGUUGUGUGGCUGCCAAAUCAGAUAAGUCAGAUUCUUCUGCAAGUCGUGACGUUUCUUUUGGCGCUCAUGAGCCUUAUUGGAGGACUAAUACAAGUUUCUCCCCACCUUCAUCGAGAUGGGAUGUCCCUGGCUUAACCGAUGGUAUUAGCUUAUAUGGUUCUUCUUCUUCCACAUCAUCAAACGCUAAUCUUCUUCCUACUCCCAACCUUUCUCAGACUCUUCAUUGGAAUGAUUUUGAGUCUGCUACAAGAAGAGAUCAAGCUCUUAAGCAACUACCGUCUUGUUCUGACAUUGGUGACUCUGAACCUAACCGCAACUUCUCAAACCGGCGAUUUUUCUUGUCUAAACCGGUUCAUCCUAUACAUUCUGGUAAUGCUAGAGGAACAACAUCUGACUCUGCGGAUGCUUGCAGUUGGAGCAGCGGGAGAACAAGCAGCAUUGAUUCUAUGGAUGUUGUUCUUGCUUGGGAUAAUCAUAACUCUACCAAAGCGCAACGAGCAGCUUCAAGUACAUUUGUAUGCGGUUUGUGUAACAGAUACAUCUCGCAGAAACCUCCUUGUGGUUCACGGUCCAUCGUAAGAAACCAAGACAUGCCAGUCACAGGAGUGCUUCCGUGUCAACACGUCUUUCACGCUGAAUGUCUUGACCAAUCAACUCCAAAGGCUCACCGGAAUGAUCCACCUUGUCCAGUAUGCACCAAACAGGAAGGAGAGCAGGACAAGUCACACAACGUUGUGUUUAGGCUUAAACCGUUUUGUGAAGAUGGGCCAUCAUCUACAAGACAGUGGGCCUGUGCUCAAGUUGGUGACUGUGUUGAAAGUGCUGUUAAUGUGCCGCCUAGAAACACCAUGAUAAUGAUAAACAGGAACAGGAUGAGGAAAAGCCUCUCGUUGAGAGGAAGCUCGAGCAAAGAUUCUCCGAGAAAAGUCAAGAGAAGGGGCUCAUUUAUGGAAAAUUUUACUAAUCAAGUUUCGUUUGUGCAUUCUAGAGGGAAAGAGAAGGUUUAAUGGUAGCUGGCAAAAGAAGCAGAGAAAUCAAAAGGUUGAUUCUUUGACCUUUUGACAAGUAUCAUCACAAAAGGAUUGUAAAGUAUUCAUUUUGGAGAACUGUAAGCAAAUUUGUUUAGAGCUUUGAUUGUUUUGUUUCUUGUAAUCAUCUACUUGCUGGCUAGUGGCGACCAUCUUAAUUAACCGGUUUAUUAUCCAAUCGUUAAGUUUCUUUAAUACGGUUUGUAUGCACAGCUGUGUAGGAUUUUGCCAAACCAAUAUAUUUAGACAGCUGGGUAAACUCGACUGUGGUGGUUACAGUUUCCUAGCAAAUCAUAUCGACAUGUGCAUAUGUGUUCAUCCUUUUUACGCACAUAUUGGGUUCGUCAUUGCCACAUUUUCCGAGGAAUUGACCGGUAAAAUCACACUCCUCCCCUUUCCGGACCAGCAUCCAACUCUAUUGCUGUGUAUACCGACCGCAAGAGAUUGUUAAAUUGUAGUGGAUUUUUUUUUGUCAACAAUUGUAGCGAAAUAAAUUUUGAUAAAUUAACUGAUGAAGAUUAAAAUUACCUUU